UAUACUUACUAAAUAUUAAUUUAAAUAUAGGAGGGCGAAGGCAAACGUAACUAAUAAAGUAUUAUGUCCGAUGUAUCUUAGUUAAAGGUUGCGUACCUAAUCGGUACAUAUAGUACAAAUGAGUGUUGAUGACAGUAUCGUAACACGUGAUUUACAUAAAGCCAGCCAUUGGUCAGGAAGCCGAAGCCACGGCUUCUGAUUGGUCGACGCUCUCUAACCCGCGAAUGCCAUAGAAGAAGCGCCAAUUCAAGUCAUUGGGAGCUGCGCGCGGUGCUUGAAGGUUCGGCGUAGUUCGGCGUAAGUCCGUUAAAUAUUAAUAUACUUAUCAGUUCAAGGCAUAGUUUAGAGGUUUAUCAAAGUUUAUCAACGUUAAGGGUUAGUACACAUACGUGUUAUAUCUAUACAUACACACAUGACGACAGAAGGAGCUGGAAGAUGAACCUUCACGGACUACCAGCACUUGUUUAUGGAGAUGUUUUGACUGCCGACACCCUGAGCAUGACCAGGACGACUGGGAAUGCUCCUUCUACCUUGGCUUUCCCAAAGUCCAAGUCCUCUCUGUGGGAUCCGAGCCCAUCUGGGGACGCGGUCGGUCUUCAGCUCUGCUACUACAGGUGCCCUCACCUCCGGGUGUUGGAGAAGGCUCUCCGUCUGGCCCACCGCCACGCCCACCAGAGGAGUAACCCCGCCCACCAGAGGAGUAACCCCACCCACCAGAGGAGUAACCCUGCCCUCUGCUGCUUCCUGCUGGGCUCCAUCUGCGUGGAUGAAGAUGAGGAGGGCGUGACCCUGUCCCUGGACCGCUUUGACCCGGGUCGUGAACAGGGUGGUGUCCGGGUUCCCUCUCUCCUGCUGCCGGGGGACGUGGCGGUCCCUCUAGAGUUCAUCCUCCAGGGAGACCCGGAGCCCAGCCCCUUAGACCUCAGCCUCGCCUUCCAGGGCCUGCAGCAGGCCUGUGGGGGUGCUGAGGUGGCGGACCUGUCCCAGCUGCUGGGGGUCAGAGGUCAGGUCAGCUGUUCCCAGCAGGGCGACCGCCUGGGCUUCUCGCUGCGCUGGUUAGCAGCGAGCUGCGCCGGAGGCUUUGCUGUGGUGGGGGUCCGACCCCUCCCCAUCAUCCCCACCGCUCUGGCCCGCAGCCUGAGUGGCCUCCCCGGCCCCUCCAGCCCAGUCCCCCCACGACCCGGCCCCUCCAGACCCGGCCCCUCCAGACCCGGCCCCUCCAGACCCGGCCUCUCCAGACCCGGCCUCUCCAGACCCGGCCUCAAGCAGCAGCGAGGGUUCCUGACCAUGGACCAGACCCGUAAACUACUGCUGCUGCUGGAGUCCGAUCCCAAGGCCUGCAGCCUGCCCCUGGUGGGAGUAUGGCUGAGUGGAGUGGUCCAGCCGUCCAACCCCCUGGUGUGGGCCUGGUGUCUCCGCUUCUCCCACAGCUCAUCUCUCCAGGACAGGGUGCUCUCGGAGCAGGGCUGGUUCUUACUGGUGCUGUUCUCUCCCAGUCAGCCCCGGUUCUUCCAGGUCCGCUCUGCUGAGUCCGGACCCACGGCCGUCCUGCGUCUGAGCUGCUCCCAGCACCUCACCCUGUUCAAGCAUGUGGAGCCAGCAGAGGGCCACUACCUCCAGGCUGAUCUCUGCCUCGAUGAGACCAGGCAGACGGAGCUGGUCCACGGCCCCGCCGCCCGCCCUCUGUCCAGCCUCCUGGGAGCCACGCUGGACCAGGACUCUGGGGUAGAGGAUGAAGACCUCUCUCCCCGCCCCUCUCCCAGCCCCCACGCGGCCACCCAGCAGACCAGAAGAGUUCAGCCCUCCGUCCCCGAGCUGUCCCUGCUGGUGGACGCCUCCCUCCCCCCAACCCCCCAGCCCCCCUCCAGGAGGAGCUCCGGGCCACUGGGCCCCCCCUACCUCCACUCCACCCCGGCCGCCCCUCUCAGCCGGGCCUCCGCAGGCUUCUGGACCGCCAAGACCCCGCCCACACUCAUCCUCCUCCAUCCUGAGCGCGGCUCCACCCCUCCUGGGCCUGCCCCCCCCCCCCUCCCCUGCUCCUGUCUCCAGGCGGGACGGCCGCCGUGGGAGGAGGUGCCCUCCGACGCCUACCAGAUGCUGAUGGCCCAGGAACGACAGCUCCGGCUGCUGCAGGCUCAGAUCCAGAUGUUGUUGGAGCCCAGGGCCCUCACUGGUCAGCCAGACGGACCUCCAGAGGAAGGCGCCCCCCCCCGCCCGCAGACACUGCCUCCCACCACUGCCAGUGUUGCUGUGGGAACAGGGGCCAGUCUGUUCUGGAGGUCCAGCCCGCCGCCCAGAGACCGGACCCGAGGGGACCGGACCCGAGGGGACCGGACCCGAGGGGACCGGACCCGAGGGGACCGGCCUUCCUCUCCUCUAAGAGACUGCACUCAGGAGCUACACUGCACUAGCGGAGCUGAAAGCCCCGUCCCUGGAACGAGCAGCAGUCUGUUCUUCAAUACCAGCGCCACCCAAUCAGACCACGUCCUCCCCACCCUACAGCUGCAGGUGAGCAGUCGGCUUCAGGCCUCGCUGAGCGACCCGGAGUCCCCAAUACCUUCCUCACCGUCAUCAUCUUCAUCAUCGCUACCCUAUGGUGACCACACCCACUCCUACAGGAAACAGGAAGUCCAUGCCCGCUCCUACAGGAAACAGGAAGUCCAUGCCCGCUCCUACAGGAAGCAGGACAUGUCUGGGGGAGAUGAGGAGCAGCUGGGGGUCACUUUGGACCCCCGACCCGACCUCAACACCGAAGACAGGGUGGCCCCGACCCCAACGAACCCCCCCAGGCUGGCCCCGACCCCAACGAACCCCCCCAGCCUGGCCCGGACCCCCAUGGACCCCCCCAGCCUGGCCCGGACCCCCAUGGACCCCCCCAGCCUGGCCCCGACCCCAACGAACCCCCCCAGCCUGGCCCGGACCCCCAUGGACCCCCCCAGCCUGGCCCGGACCCCCAUGGACCCCCCCAGCCUGGCCCGGACCCCCAUGGACCCCCCCAGCCUGGCCCGGACCCCCAUGGACCCCCCCAGCCUGGCCCGGACCCCCAGAGACCCCCUGCUCCCCGGGGGGUCCAUGGACCUCAGCCUGGCCCCCCUGCUCCCGGGGGGGUCCGUGGACCUCAGCCUGGCCCCCCUGCUCCCGGGGGGGUCCGUGGACCUCAGCCUGGCCCCCCUGCUCCCGGGAGGGUCCGUGGACCUCAGCCUGGAGGCCAACGCCAUCGCUCUGCGCUACCUGAGUGACGGACAGCUGUCCAGACUGUCAGCAGGCGUCCGGGGCGGCAGGGCGGACCUCAGCGUCCUGCUGCCCAGCAACAUGUCCCUGGCCACGCGGGGCUACAUGAGGAGGUACGGCCUGAUAGAGGAGGAGGAGGAGGAGGAGGAGGAGCAGCAGUGUGAAGGCCUCCCCUGCGCCACACUUGGUACAGGGUCCAGUCUCCCCCAGAGCCAGCUAAUCAGGGACCUGCAGCCCCAGCUUCAUCUCCUGGCCCGGUCCAGCAGGACCCAGGACCAGGACCUGGGGGCCGUCUGGCAGGAGGCCUCCCUGGCCGCAGGCUCUGUGGGGAACUUUCUGGAUGUUAGCAGACUCCGACAGCUGCCCAAACUCUUCUAGAUUAACCAGCUCAACUAGCCACAUAGACUGACCCGUACCCCACCAGUAUGGCCGUAAACCACCCAGACUAACCCUUACCCCACUCGUGUAGUGUUUUAACACCGACCCACUGAGCGCUGGUCCUCCAGGUCCAGGUCCUGGUCCAGGUCCUGGUCCUGGUCCUCUUACCCUGAACAUGUCUUUCUGGUUCCAGAUGAAACCAGAUCACGCUCUAUAUGUAUAUUUGGAAUUCAAAAUAAAUUAUUUUUAAUCAA